AUGGGCGUGGUUACGGCGCCCGCCCCGUCGCGGGGGUCCCGGACCGAAUCCCGGACCGAACCCCGGGACGAAUCCUCGGCCGAGCCCCGGGAUGGAUCCCGGGAUGGAUCCCGGGGGUCCCGGGGCGGUUCCCGGGGGUCUCCGGGCCGCCCCCAGCGCUACCGGCGCCACCCCAAGCCCCCGUACUCGUACCUGGCUCUGAUCGCGCUCGUCAUCCGCGCCGCCCCGGGCCGCCGCCUCAAGCUCGCGCAGAUCCUGCAGCAGCUGCGGGCGCUGUUCCCGUUUUUCGGCGGCGGGUACCAGGGCUGGAAGGAUUCCGUGCGCCACAACCUCUCCUCCAACCCCUGCUUCGCCAAGGUGCUCAAGGACCCCUCCCGCCCCCAAUCCAAAGGCAAUUUCUGGACCGUGGACGUUUCCCGCAUCCCCCCGGCCGCGCUGCGCCUGCAGAACACGGCGGUGGCGCGCGGCGGUGCCACCCCCUUUGUCCCCGACCUGUCCCCUUUUGUCCUCUCGGGCCGCCGCUACCCCCCCACCCCCCAAAAUUCCGAUUUCUCCAUCGAUUCCCUCUUGGGAGAACCCCAAAAUCCUUCAGCACCACCUCAAAUUCAUCCCAAAAUUCCGAUUUGUCCCCAAAUUUGUCCCCAAAUUUGUCCUCAAAUUUGUCCCCAAAUUUGGGGACAACUCCCAACGUCGCACAGCUCCGGGGGUGGCCCCAACGUGGUGGCGCCGGGUUUGGAUUUUUUGGGGGGUCAGGGAUCGUUCCCCAAAAAAAAAUCGGGGGGGGAACAGCAAAAUUUGGGGGAGGGGGCGGAGUUCGGGGCGGCCCCGCCCAAUAAAAGCGUCUUCGAUGUGUGGUUGAGUCACCCCGGGGACAUCGGGAUGAGGGGGUGA